AUGUCCAGGUUUGCAUUCCUGUGCUUGACAUCCAUAUCACUGUCCACGGUGGAAAGCGCUCUUUUGGAUGAGGCAGAUGGGCAGGCGCUGAAGCCUCUGUCCGUAGCCCUCUCUGCCGACGACACGUGCAGGGACUCGCCGACCUGCGGCCUGGGGGCGCUCCAGGCGGCCAUGCAUGCCCGGAGCUCCAAGGAGCGAUCCGAUACGGACGUGGCGACAGUCAGUGCGAGCUUGGGAAGCGCACUGAGCAAGUCAAUGCUCGAGACUGGAAGCUCCGAUGGUGGAGCACUGGAGGAAUUGGAGCAUUUGGUCUUCAAGGACGCAGGUCUGAACCAGUCUCAGAUCGACAAGCUCUUCAACGGCGUGGUGCUGGCCAUCGCCAGUGAGCGUGAGAGGAGAAGCCAAAACCUGAUGGGCCAGGAGAUCUUGAGGCUCCAGCGGCGCGCGGCCCUUGGGGCCUUCAAGAUCAAGAACCCCUCGAGCUUCAGCUUCGAGUUCCCGGGCUUCUCGUGGAUGGAGGAGGAGGCGGUGGAGCAGGCGCGGGCCUCCAUGGCGCUGCCCAUCACCGGGGGCUCCAUUUUGGUCCUGGCGCUGCUGUCGCUGAACUUCUUCCACCGGACCUUCACCGCGCCCCAGGACAAGCAGGUCUUGUUGGAGGGCCGCUUCGGCGGCAGCUCCCCGGGGCUGGACACCAGCUCCACCGCCACACCGCCCCUCAGUGACAAUCUGGAAGCGGGCUUUGAGGACCGGAUCGAGGAUGCCUCCACGCUCCAAGGCAGUAUGCAGAACGACGACUACGCGGUCUCUGUGAGCAGCGGGGACGAAGUUCCUCCGCCGCCGCAGACAAAGCCGACAGAGGAGGGGAAGGCGCCCUUCCUAUCUUUGUUCCGCUUCGCCACAUCCUGGGACAUUUUCUGCACGGUGAUCGCCAGUCUCUUGGGCUGCGUGCACGGCGCCUGCAUGCCGAUGGCCUUCUUCUUCCUUUCAGACUUGUACCAUGCGGUCUACAUGCCCAACGACGAUGGGAGCUUGCCCCCGGUGGCCACGCCCCAUCACGUGCGGGACGCCAAAGUGGCGGAGGUGGGUAUGACCUACGUGCUGCUGGCAUUGGUCGUCCUCAUCGCGCGCACGGGGGGCUGCUACAUGGUCAUCCACGCGGCGGAUCGACAGGUGAUUGCGGCACGCCGGGAGUACUUCAAGCAGAUCCUCAUGCAGGGGCCCAGCUGGCAUGACCUCCACUCAGCCAAUGAGCUCGCCCCACAGCUGGUCCAGGACACCCACCGCUUCCGGGACGGCAUUGGGGAGCGCCUGGUCGACUGCACCCGGGCAUUCGCCAUGGCCUUGUCCGCCACAGUGCUUGCUUGCUCGAGGGACUGGAAGAUCACCAUUUUGAUGGCGGUGAUCAUGCCCAUUGCCGGCCUGUGCAUGGCCUUGUCGGUGGAGGUGGUGCGGAACUUUGCCAUGGUUAUGGAGAAGUGCUAUGCGCGUGCCAGCGAAGUCUGCGUCACUGCCACGGAGCUGAUCCGCACAGUCACCGCCUUCAACGGCCAACGUCUUGAGCUGGAGACCUUCAACGGCCACGUAGACGAGGCCUAUGGCCACGCCGUCCAGAUCUCAGUGGUGGCAGGCUAUGCCACCGGACUUGUCAACACAGUCUUGAUCACUGGCAUGUCCCUGGGCGUCUACUUCGGCUCCCUCUGGGUGCUUCAGGAUUACGAGUCCGAUUGCUGGCGGUCCUCGCCGCCAUUUGGAAAUUGCCGGACGGGUGGAACCAUCCUCUCCGCCAUGUAUACCGUGGUUUGGGGCUUCACCAUGGGCCUGGGCACCCUGAACAUGUGCUUCAGCGCCUUCGCCACCGCGAAAGCCGCCAUCCACCGCAUGAACGAGAUCCUGGACGAGCCGCUGCAUACCACCAGCGGCGGCAAGACCUUGGAGAGCCUGCAGGGCCAGAUCUCCUUCCAGAAUAUCUGCUUCUCCUACCCCAAGCGCCCUGACACCUUGAUCCUGAAGGGUGUGACCCUGGACAUCUCUGCGGGCUCCACCACGGCCUUUGUGGGCGGCAGCGGCUCUGGCAAGAGCACAAUGAUCAGCCUCAUCUUGCGCUUUUACAAUCCGGAAUCUGGCAUGCUGAGUCUGGAUGGCACUGACAUUAGCAGCCUUGAUCUUGACUGGCUCCGUGGAAAGAUUUCCUUGGUGGAGCAGGAGCCGAUCCUCUUUCAAGAUUCCAUCCUGGAGAACAUUGCUGCUGGAAGCCGGGAAAAGGUGGGCAAAGAUGAUGUCGAGCAAGCUGCCAAACUCGCAAGCGCUCAUGACUUCAUCUUGACCUUUCCCAGCAGCUACAACACAAAAGUGGGCGAGGCGGGCACGCAGCUCAGCGGCGGCCAGAAGCAGCGCUUGGCCAUCGCACGGGCGCUGAUCCGAAAGCCAGCCGUGCUGCUGCUCGAUGAGGCCACCAGUGCUCUUGAUGCAGCUUCAGAGAGGCAAGUGCAGAAGGCUUUGGACGACUUGCUGGAAGCGGGCGGGCGCACGACCAUUGUCAUUGCUCAUCGUCUUUCCACCGUCCGGCACGCACAGAAGAUUUGCGUGCUGGACAAGGGCAAGCUGGUGGAGGAAGGCACUCAUGAGGAGCUGAUGCAGAAGAAGGGCGCCUAUGAGAAAUUGUUGAGGUUGCAGCUGUCCGCCAAUAAGCUUGAGAAGCUUGAGGCUGCUCCAGCGCUGAAAGCGGUGGAGGAAGUGAAGGCAGCCCCUGAAAGCCAGGUGUAUGAGGGUGGCGCCGGCUUCCUGCUGGAAGCCAAGGCCCAGGAGGCCGAGGUCACGGAAGUGGACGGAGCAGAGCCAGGAGACAAGGCCGGGCUGGCGCAGCUCGCUGCGGCCUAUGACUUCGAGAAGGAUCUGGGCAAGGCAUAUGCGGUGCGGCAAGUCUGGAAUUUGACGAAGCAAGACUACAAGUACUACAUUAUCGGCGUUGGCUUUACCGUCUUGGGUUCCAUGGUGAUGCCGUACUUCAGCGUUCAGUUUGCGCGGACUGUGAACAUAUUCAAUCAGCCACCUGCAGUGCUGGACAAAAGCACGCACCACUGGUACGCCGCCUACAACGAGCCGGUCAUUGCCACCAACGUGUCGAGCCUAUGCAUGCUGAUGCAGGCAUUGAGCAUUUUCUGGCUGCUGCAGUCCAUCGGCGCCGCCUGGGCCUUCGGAAAGGCCGGAGAGCUGCUGACGGUGAGGGUCCGCGAGGCGCUCUUCGACGCCUUGAUGCGCCAGGAGAUCACGUGGCACGACAAGCAGGGCACCGCCCAGGUCUUGUGGAGGUUGGGGUCCGACAUCCCUCAGUUGAAGAACCUGGUGGGAGCAAAUAUUGCCUCAUUCGCGAAUUUCUUCUUUACCGUGUUCAUCGGUAUUGGCGUCGCCAUGUACUUCAACUGGCGAUUCAGCUUGUGCAUCCUGAUUACCAUCCCUUUGCUGGGUAUCAGCUCCAUUGGCGUGGCCAUGAACAUGAGGAGGAUAGACGGCGACUACUCCAGCGGCAUUGUGUCAGAGGCCGUGAACAGCGUGAAAACGGUGACGGCCUUUGGGCUCCAAAAUCGGCUCUUGGAUAGGUACCAAACCAAACUGGAGUCGCACAUGAAAGAUGAGCAGUCCAUCCGCAAGAUCAGCGCCUUGGGCACAGGGGUGGCCUCAGCCUCCGUGUUUAUGAUCAUGGCAUUGGCCGUUUGGGGCAUCAACGUGUUCAUCUCCCGCGGGCUCAUGCAGGUGGACAUCGCUACGAUCAUCAUCAUGACAUUGGUCACCACGGUGUCGGCCUUUGGGGAGCUGGCCCGGCUGGUGGCAGACACCAGCUUGCCUCAGGAGUCGGCCAGAAGGAUUUUCAACGUCAUCGCGCGAAAGUCCAAGAUUGACCCCUUCAGCGCUGAGGGCAAGAAGCUGGAGGUGGUCGAGGGCAAAGUGGAGUUCCGUGAGGUGUACUUCCGCUAUGCCACCCGCCCCAACCUUGCGGUGUUCGAUUCUCUGAGCUUUACCGUGGAGGCCAACACGACCACAGCCCUUGUGGGCCCAAGCGGGUGCGGAAAGAGCACCUCCGUAUCUUUGAUCCAGCGCUUCUACGAUCCGCUAGGUGGUGCAAUUCUCCUGGACGGGCAUGACAUCAGGGAGCUGAACUUGCACUGGUACCGUGCACAGAUGAGCUUGGUGCAGCAAGAGCCCAUCCUAUUUGCCCGCAGCAUCUUGGACAACAUCCGCUACGGCCAGGAGGACGCCACCAUGGAGGAAGUAGAGGCCGCCGCCAAGGCAGCGAACGCAACCGACUUUCUGGCGACCAUGCCCCAGGGCUUCAGCACCCAGGCGGGGCAUCGAGGAGCGCAGCUCAGCGGUGGCCAGAAGCAGCGCAUCGCCAUUGCCCGAGCCUUGCUCCGGGACCCGGCAGUACUUUUGCUGGACGAAGCCACGAGCUCGCUGGAUGCUGUGAGUGAGCGCCUGGUGCAGGACGCUUUGGACAGGCUCAUGAGGUCAAAGCCUAGGACGACCAUUAUCAUCGCGCACAGGCUGUCAACCGUGCGGGACGCCCAUCAGAUUUGUGUCUUCAAGGAUGGGCAGAUCGUGGAGAAAGGCAAGCACGAGCAGCUCAUUGCAGUCCGAGAUGGGCACUACUCAAAGUUGGUGGCCGCACAGCAGAUCAGCGUGUGA